AUGGCGAAGGGCGAAGUCGAUGCUCAGCAAGAGCUAGAGGAUGCAUUUGAAGCGAAAGAUUUGGAUGGAUUUAAACGUGCCAUCACACGUGGUGCUCAGCCCAACCUCAGCUCAAAAAGGGAUAACGACAAUCAAAUGACCAUCUUUGAGAAGACCCUAUCAACAAGAGACUGUGCUAGAUUUAUAGAAGCGUCUCUCGAUGCUGGCUGCGAUCCCAACUACGUUAAUCCGAAGCUUAAUAAAGCUGCCAUCCACUAUGCAAUCGAUUCAGGAAUCGGUUCAGACGAAUAUGAAGACUGCAAUCUUUUCGUGCUGAUAUAUCGAACCAACUCCAAAGUAGAUGUUGAUCACAUGUAUGAGGGGGAAACAGCAUUAAGUAGAUUAAUCAAAAGUCUAAGACAAGAGAAUGCUUCCAGUCUCGAUUACGCCAUUCGAUUGCUAUUGAACAAAGGUGCUUCGCCCAAUAUUGUCGACUCUGAUAACAAAUCUCUCAUGCAACAAGUACUACUCAACGAAAAUAUCUCACAAUCGACACGAGCGGAUUUGAUCCUAGAGUUUCUAAAUGCACCCCAACUCAGUCCUUUCAAUUAUCUCGAAGGACUCUAUUUUCUGUGGAGGCAUUUUCUCGACGGUAACAGUGACCAGCUCUACUGUCUCCUAGUGCGUCCGUUACUCAGUCUGCCUGUCUCUGAAAUGCUCAAAACUCUGGUGCAAUACCAAAAGACCACUGUAAACUGGGACAAUAAGAAAAUGUUGCGACGUUUGCUCAUGGAGCACAUCAUAAAUCGUACUGAGAAUGCACUCGAAGCAGUGCUUGCCACCCUGGAAAAGAAUUCACCUCAUGAAAAUGAGUAUCUUGUGGAGUUGGCUGUCAAAACUGGUAACUGGUCGACUGCUCUCCAAUUGCUUAAGAGCAAAUAUCUCAAGCUGGUGCCCAAGGGCACGCUUCUAAAAACUAUGAUUAUACAGGAGCAAUGGAUACCGAUGAUCAAUCACUAUCACAUCAACGAAUACCAGGAAUGUUUGCAGCAAUUGUUUAAGGUCCAGCGGCAGUAUAUCAAUGACUUCGAUGAUCAACACAAAACGCUUCUGCAUUAUGCGGUGCUCUGUGACAAUGAGAUUGCCAUAAGAGUGCUCUUGAAGGAGGGCGCCAGAUUGGGAGUGCGCAAUGACAAGAAUCGCUUGUUGAUCGAGGAUAUUGAUGCCAAGCUUCUGGAGGAGCAUUUCGAUUACUGCAUCACUGGGCGAGGCGAGAAGACCAGCCACGAGGAUUACGAGAUCAUAAUGAACUGUCUGAAUAUGACCAACAAGUACAACGAACUCGAUAUUGCUCCCAUUGCCUGCAUGGCCCGGUCGAAGGAGCUGUGUCCGCUGUUGGAGCAUCCGUUGAUCACCUGCUUUCUGCAGCUGAAGUGGCGUCGACUCACCACCAUCUUCUUCACCCACUUUAUCAUCAAUAUCAUCUUAACUUUGAUCUUGUGGAUCCAUAUUUGCUUGCAUUUUUCUGAUCGUCAUAACAACGGGCUUCCUGAAAAGUUUGUUAACGUAGUGUUCCAAGUGCUGAUUGGCUAUCUUCUUAUUGUGAAAGUCAUUUCUAUUCUGCUACUCAAGCAUUGGUAUUGGCGCAGUUUAAUCGAUUUUAUUCUGAUUUUUAUGCUCAUCCUCACAAACAUCGAGUGUGGAGAUGAUAUCCAAAGGAUUAUUACCGUUUUCGCCAUCAUGCUGAUGUCCACCAAACUGAUUGAUCUUAUUAGUGCCCUACCUGUGCCUGCCAUAUCGACGCCCAUGCUCAUGCUACGCCAGGUGGCUAGUACUUUCGCAAAGAGCUUGUUGCAGUACUCCAUGCUGUUGAUCAGCUUCAGCUUGUGCUUUUACGUGCUGUUUUCCAAACCGAGCUCUACAAAUUCAGCGAAUGCUACGGAUUCAGCAAACUUAACCGGUUCAGCGAACGCUACAGAUAAUGAUUUCAGUCUCUCCUUUGAAAAACUCCAUUUAUCGUUUAUAAAGACACUUGUUAUGUUCAAUGGUGAAAAUGAUAAUAUCGACGCUAAUGGAUAUUUCAGUAUUUUUGUGGUGAUCAUAUUCAUGUUUAUGGUCAUGGUCCUGACCAAUUUACUGGGCGGCCUGGCUGUCGGCGAUACGCAGAAGGAAGGAAGGAAGAACGCCAACUUUCAAGACGAUGUAGCCAUGUCCAUCUGUCCCUCCGUCUAUCCGAACACCUAG